UUUCCUUCGAAGGCUGGGAUGCCUAGACAAGGAUGAAUUAGUUUACUAGUGAUCAAGGAUGCCUUGCAUCUAAUGCAUGUGUGGGGUAUCUUAUAAACUGCACGAAUAGUCCAAAACUUUACCUGAGAGAGGAUAGUAUUCAUUGCUUGCUUCUAUGAGUUUUUUAAGCAUUUGGUUCUCUCCUUAAUCACCACGCACCAGGGCGCAACAUCCGCCGUCUGUCCCUUGCUAAUCUAGUUUAGAACCACUGCUACCAAAGGGUUGAAUAACAAUGUGGUAUCCUUUUGAACGAACGGAACCCUCUGUUUAUGUUCCUUUCUCUAGCUCCCACAACGUUUGAAUUACUGCCCCAUCUAUCUAUCACCUCUUUGGUAUCGCUUUCAUUGUCCUUCUACUCGCAUCGCUUCGGAUUUCCUGCCGACAAACCUCGUAUUAAACUCCAAAGAAAAGAGAAAGAGGAUCCUCGUAAAACUUCAUCUAAUUGGUCUUUCUUACAUUUCGCUGUACUAAACUCAAGCUACGAAGGAUCUUCUUCUAUUCAUAAUAAGCCUUACUCAAAAUGA